UAUGUUUCUCCAUCGUCUCUUUCUUUUAAAUAUUUUGUUUGCUGUUACCAACCAAGAAAAGGAGAGUGAAACCAUAAUGAUGAAACCUCCCAUGCAACCAGCCAGCUUGAGAAACCAUGAAUCUCUCUCCAUCAAACCCUCUUUUCCCUUAAAUUUACCUUCUGUAAACACCGACCUUCUCUAAACCAGCCAGUUUUCUUCACAUAAACCAUGAAGAGACAUCCAUUUCUUCCAUCUCUGAUCACAUUUUUCUGGGGGUCAUCUCUGUUAGUGUUCUCUGCUUCUUCACCGCCUCUCCCUUUGAUUUCUCUUCUCUCGUUGAAAUCGUCCCUCAAAGACCCUGUUUCCAGUUUCAGAGACUGGGACCCUACUCCUACGUUUUCCAAGCCUGGUUUUGAAGACCCUGUUUGGUGUUCAUGGUCUGGUGUCAAGUGCAAUCCUAAAACGGCUCAAGUCACUCUGGAUCUCUCACAUCGGAAUCUUUCUGGUUUUAUUCCACCGGAAAUCAGAUAUUUGAGGAGUUUGGUUAACUUGAAUUUGAGUGGGAAUUACUUUGAUGGUCCUCUCCAAAGAGCCAUUUUUGAGCUCGAGCAACUUAGAACUCUUGAUAUCAGCCAUAACUACUUCAAUUCAAAGUUCCCGCCUGGGGUCUCGAAGCUUAGGUUCUUGAGAAUCUUCAAUGGAUAUAGCAACGAUUUCGAGGGUCCAUUACCGAUAGAGUUCGUACGGUUAAGGUUCUUGGAGCAGCUCAAUCUCGGGGGAAGCUACUUUGAAGGUGAAAUACCAGCUAUUUAUGGAAGGUUUACCAGCUUGAAGUUGCUUGACCUGGCUGGAAAUGCACUGCAAGGCACUUUACCACGUCAACUCGGAUUCUUGACUCAACUUGAACGGAUAGAGAUUGGCUACAAUGCUUUCUCAGGCACCAUACCAGUAGAGUUUGCACUGUUAUCAAAUCUAAAGUACUUGGACAUCUCAAAUUGUACUCUUUCAGGUCCACUCCCUAAAGAGCUCGGCAAUUUAACUAGGCUGGAAUUUUUGUACUUUUUCAAGAACAGCUUCACGGGUGAAAUCCCGGUGAGUUACACGAACUUGAAAGCUCUCAGGGUUCUUGAUUUAUCCGACAACCAGCUCAGUGGCGCAAUUCCAGAAGGUAUAUCUUCUUUAACAGAGCUAACGUGGUUGAGCUUGAUGGGCAACAACUUUUCUGGUAUAAUCCCAGAAGGCAUCGGUGAGUUACCAAAUCUCAACACUUUACUUCUCUGGAACAACAAUCUUAGCGGCAUUCUCCCACAGAAACUAGGUUCAAAUGGGAACUUGCUAUCACUUGAUGUUUCUUCGAAUUCUCUCACUGGUCCAAUCCCUCCAAAUCUUUGCUGUGGGAACAAGCUUUUCAAACUCAUACUGUUUAACAACAUGUUCACAUAUGAGCUACCUGGAAGCCUUGUAAACUGCACUUCACUUUCAAGAUUCCGAAUCCAAAACAAUCUUCUCAACGGUACCAUCCCUUACGGUUUCGGACACUUGAAAAACCUGACGUUUGUGGACGUGAGUAAGAACUACUUUACCGGCGCGAUUCCGAAGGAUUUUGGCUAUGCACCGACGUUACAGUUCCUUAACAUCUCCGAGAACUCUUUCAAUGCAGCGUUGCCGAGCAACAUUUGGGGUUCACCAAGCUUGCAGAUAUUCUCAGCCUGUUCAGCCAAGCUAACUGGCGAAAUCCCGGAUUUCAUCGGCUGUAAAAACGUGUACAAAAUCGAGCUCCAAGGUAAUUCUCUAAACGGAAGCAUCCCCUGGGACAUUGAUCAUUGCGAAAAACUCUUGUCUUUGAAUUUAAGCAGAAAUUUAUUUACUGGAAUAAUUCCAUGGGAAAUAUCAACGCUUUCUUCAAUAACUGCUGUUGAUCUUUCGCAUAAUUUGCUUACUGGAACUAUCCCUUCAAACUUCGAAAACUGCAGCACUUUGGAAAAUUUCGAUGUAUCCUAUAACUUGCUAACCGGCCCAAUCCCUUCGUCCGGUCCAAUAUUUCCCAACUUACACCCUUCAUCAUUUUCCGGCAACAACGGCCUUUGUGGCAGAAUUUUAGCGAGACCGUGCCCGGCUGAGGCGAUGGCUACAGGUGACAUGGAAGUUCGUAACAAGCAACAGCAACAGCCAAAGAAAACGGCUGGAGCAAUCAUUUGGAUUAUGGCAGCCGCUUUUGGUAUUGGUUUGUUUGUUCUGGUAGCUGGUACUCGAUGUUUCCAUGCGAAUUACAGUCGCAAGUUCAGUGACGAUCGUGAGAUCGGACCGUGGAAAUUGACCGCCUUCCAGCGCUUGAAUUUCACCGCCGAUGAUGUACUAGAGUGCCUGUCGAUGACGGAUAAGAUCAUAGGGAUGGGGUCCACGGGAACGGUAUACAAAGCAGAGAUGCCAGGUGGCGAGAUCAUAGCGGUGAAGAAGUUGUGGGGUAAGAACAAAGAGACCAUCAGACGGUUGAAAGGUGUGCUGGCGGAGGUUGACGUGCUGGGGAACGUCAGGCACCGUAACAUAGUGAGAUUGUUAGGGUGUUGCAGCAACAGGGAGUGCACGAUGCUGCUCUACGAAUACAUGCCCAACGGCAACUUGGACGACUUAUUGCAUGGCAAGAACAAAGGGGAGAACUUGGUGGCCGAUUGGGUGACAAGGUACAAAAUUGCCCUUGGCGUUGCUCAAGGCGUUUGUUAUCUUCACCAUGACUGUGAUCCAGUGAUUGUUCAUCGCGAUCUCAAGCCAAGUAAUAUUUUAUUGGACAGCGAGAUGGAGGCCAGAGUGGCGGACUUCGGAGUUGCCAAGUUAAUCCAGAGCGAUGAGUCCAUGUCCGUCAUUGCCGGCUCUUAUGGCUACAUUGCUCCAGAAUAUGCUUAUACUCUCCAGGUCGAUGAAAAGAGUGAUAUCUAUAGCUUUGGGGUGGUGUUAAUGGAGAUUUUAAGCGGAAAAAAAUCGGUGGAUCCGGAAUUCGGCGAUGGGAACAGCAUUGUGGAUUGGGUAAGGUCUAAAAUCAAAAGCAAAAAUAAAAUUACCGACAUUUUGGAUAAAAAUGCCGGGGCUUCAUGUGCAUCGGUGAGAGAAGAAAUGAUGCAAAUGCUUAGAAUGGCAUUGCUAUGCACCAGCCGAAACCCUGCAGACCGACCAUCAAUGAGGGAUGUUGUGAUGAUGCUGCAAGAGGCCAAGCCUAAAAGGAAACUACUAGAGAGUGUAGUAGUUAAUGGAGGCAAUGUGAUUCUUGUAGGUGCAGCUGACGGGACUGACGAUUCUUUAGCACAAAAAGCUAUAGUGGAAUGUUAAUAUUGGAUAAUUUUACGGGCCUUUU